AUGGCCGCGGGCUACGAGCAGUGGUCGCCGCAGCAGCUGAUUGCGCGCAUACAAGAGCUGGAGGGCCGGCUUGGGACGCGGUUGGACGAAGCCACAGCGUCCAAAGAAGCCACAGCGACGGCGGCCACAGCUCCCCCGCAAGACGAUGGCACGCCGUUCCGCAAGCCGCCCAAGGCGCCGCCGAAAGUGUUCGAUGCGGCCAAGUACAGCACGCGACUGGUCGCGCUCAAGUUUGCGUACCUCGGGCAGAAGUACAACGGCUUCGAGCAUCACAACAAUAAUAAGACGCCGCUGCCGACCAUCGAGGAGGAGCUGUGGAAGGCCCUCGUCAAGACGCGCCUCAUCAGCCCGACGCCGCGCGACGGCAGCAGCACCGACUACGGCAGGGUCGACCGCAAGACGUUCGCCGCCUGGGACCGCGACGGCGCCGACGUCAACUGGGACGGCUGCGAGUACUCCAAGUGCGGCCGGACCGACCGCGGCGUGAGCGCCUUUGGCCAGGUCAUCGGCAUCCGCGUGCGCAGCAACCGCCCGCUGCCGCGCCCGACACGGCCAGCAGACGCCGACGAGCCUGCGGUAGACGAUGCGGCAGACGCCGAGCCCGCCGCGCAGAAGCCCUUCGAGGACCUCGCCGACGAGCUGCCCUACAUGCAGCUGCUGAACCGCGUCCUGCCGCCCGACAUCCGCGUCUAUGCGUGGUGCCCGAAUCCGCCGCCCGACUUCAGCGCCCGCUUCUCCUGCAAGGAGCGCCGCUACAAGUACUUCUUCACGAACCCGGCCUUUGCGCCCGUGCCCGGCUCAGCUGGCCUGUACAGCCCCGCGCACCACCCAGACAGCGCGCCGAUGCGCGAGGGCUGGCUCGACAUCGCCGCCAUGCAAGACGGCUGCGACAGACUGGUCGGCCUGCACGACUUCCGCAACUUCUGCAAAAUCGACGCCUCCAAGCAGCUCACCAAUUUCCAGCGGCGCAUCUUCCACGCCUCCAUCGACGAGGUGAGCCCGCUCGCCGUGCCUGCCUUCCUGCAGCACGCCGCCGCAGCAUCCCCCGCCGCCGCCGCGCCGCCCAAGAUGUACUGCUUCACCCUUCACGGCUCCGCCUUCCUGUGGCACCAGGUGCGCUCGCUCGUCGCCAUCCUGUUCCUGCUGGGCCAGCGCCUCGAGCCGCCGCACCUCGUCUCCGCGCUGCUCAACGUGGACGAGAACCCCACGCGCCCAAAGUACGAAAUGGCCUCGGACGCCCCGCUGGUGCUGUGGGACUGCAUCUUCCCGCAUGCCUCCGAGGUCGCGAGCGCAGAGUCCGAGGACAGGCGCCACGGGUACGAGGACCGGCUGGCCUGGAUCUACGUCGGCGACGAAGGGGGCGUGGAGCCGAAAGCGUCGGCGACGCUGAAGCACGGCGCGAGCUCCAUGGGCCGCAGCAAGUGGGGCCGCGGCGGCGUCGUGGACGACGUGUGGGAGCUGUGGCGCGGUUGCAAAAUCGACGAGACGCUGAGCGGGCUGCUCAUGCAGAGGAUCGCGGACCUGGGCGUGAGUACGCUCGAUAGGGAAGCGGUGGUGGAUCAGCACAGUCUGGGCGUCGCAGCGGGCGCCCCACGCGUCUUUGAUGGAGGCAAUUUUGGCAGAGCAAAGGGCAACUACGUACCCGUCUUGGCCCGCGAGCGGCAGGAGCCCGUCGAGGUUGUCAAUGCGCGGUAUGCGGAGAGGAAGGGCUUGCAUCCUGACCGGUACAAGAGAGACGAUGGAGAUGGAGAUGCUGUGGAUUAG